CUGAAUCUAGGUCGAGUGCUUUGGAAUUCGCUCGAAAGAUGGGGAUUGUUGAUUCUGAUGCUGAGAUGUAAUCGAAUACCGGACAAAUUGAUGAGCUGACGGAUGUCAAUGAUACACUUCACCUCAAUCCUCCAUCUCUGCACAAUCCUCGACAACACGCAGCUUGACAAGCGUUAUAAUUUGCGGGGUCGAAAGACCUUUGACUGUUAUGAUGUCUGCAAUUUGUGAGCAUCUUGGGCAAAGUAAUCACGUAAGCUAACCUGUUUGCUAUGCAGCUUGUACUAAAGGUGAUGUGCUGUCGCAAUUGUAGCUUGGCUGUCCACGUUUUCCACUAUUGUAGAUAUUGUCCUAAUAUGACACGGCAACAAAGUCUUUUUGCGCUGUAAAUGAAUCGACAUUGUCUUGUGACGCAAUGUAUACAACGGGCGCACGACGAGAACCCGAGGAUCAGAGCAACGUGCUACCCUAGGUAGCGUCGACGUACGCGGUGGGCAUAAACGUCGAUAAAUCACGACAAAAAAGUAAAUCUAAUUUUGGCGCGUACUAAUGAGACUGGUUGGACACGAGUCGCAGCAUUUUGUCGGUUUGAGGUGGCGACUUGAUAAAAGUGACUCAAGUUUCAGAUUGACACAUAAACAUCUUGACGUGAUGUACCGGCGAUAUAGAGAUGGAAGCCAAAUCGAAUUUGGUACUUCUUCGGGUCAGCAAUUAUUUCACUGCUUAUAAAUCGCUCAGAUUCUGCCCGAAAAUAUUCAUUUUAUGGCAGGGAAAGGUAGAGUUCGACCUAACUUCUCGGAUAGUCGCUGGAAAUAUAGCUGCUGACACAAAUGAAGCCUUCCAUGCUCAUGAUAAUACUGAAACUUAAUCUCCAGCACGAAUCGCUAAUCAUCGAGAUUCUUAAGCGUGAACCAUUCUAAGAAAAUAGACUUAGAACCUUUGGUUUCGCUGUAAUAUCCAGCGAGUAAAUUCAUCGAGCACUCAGCAAUCCUGAUACUAGACAUGAGGCGAACAAACAUGCACUUGUCAGAGCGACAUGGGUGGAAAGCAAGCGACCUUGUUAUUUUGCAUAUCGCCAAGUGUCUCACAGCUGUAGUUUGCUUCGACCCUCACGAGAUGUAACAAACCUUGCGCAUCAUUCCCACGAUUAAAUGAAAGCCUUUUGUUGAUUGCUUUCAUAUUCUUGUGUCUACAUCGCCAUUAAGAAGCUUAGCUUUCACGUCUAAUUGACAUAUCCCAUGUUUUUGUUGGCAGCAGAUGGAGAGAACACACGCAUGGAUUUUAAGCUGAUGAUUGGGAAUACGUCUCUAGGAAGUCAACUCUAUACACCUAGGUAACAAAUUCAGCCACCGGACGUGCUUGUAUCAAAUAUUGGUCGCAUAGCUCAAUAUCGAACUUCUACUUGCGAUCGUAAUUGCGGGCGCCAUGAGGCCGUCGAAUCGAACGUAAGGUAGGAAAUUUAAGAGAAUCCUGAGCAUCAGGUGAUGCCAUGGCUUCUGCGUACGUGCGAAAAAUCUCCAGAACGAAGCGGGAACUCUCAUAUCCGUCAAAUAGGUGAAGCCGUUUGGGAUUGUAUUCCACUAUAUUCGAAUCAAUGUCACGAGUAGGAAAAUAUGGCUCGAUGUAGGUGCCUAUUGAAGAACACAUUAUUACAUCACGGGUAAUCCAUUGACCGACAGCAGCGGCGAUUGUUAAUCUGCACGAGAUGGUGUGAAUUUACCCAUCGUGAAGUGAGUUCAUCCUCUCACCUUGAUCAAGAUGCGCAUAUUAUCCAACGUGCCGAUUCAUGGACAUGCGCGAGGAGGUGCAAUGCAACGCGAUGCGACAUGAGUCAAAUCGAAUUGACGUGGGACCAACUGAUUAGGCUCGGAUGACUGGGUCUCAGGGGGGUAAUCGUGUUGAAAAAACACGGUUUCUAU